AGUUAAGAAGAAGAAGAAGAAAAAGGAGAAGCAAAAAACAACGACGACGAAGAAGAAGAAGCAAAAUUCCAGUGAUGCUUUUUGCUGCAACAAGCUUCUGUACUCUUCUGUACAUAACUAUAGUUUGGAAUAUUUCCUUUAUGUCGUAUUUACAUGGACAGGGCUUCCGGGACACUGUGGGCAGAGUUAAAAGAAGACUGAAUUGACAAUGUGGAGUCACUAACGUCUUUGAUUUUUAAAGAAGACGUUAGCAUAAGCUUUAAGUGGCUUCAUAAUGAUAGCGCAGAAGCGAGCUAAUGUUAGUUUGCUUGGCUAACGUUUCGUCAAAUCAGUUGAGUAUAUCGACUAAUGGCGCUAAACAGCUAACGUGAACGAAAUUUAUCAUGAUUUGCUUGAUGUCAUUCAACUCAGAUUAGUCGGUCAGCAGUAAGCAGUUGCCCCUUUUCUGGAUCAGCCAUUAGCAGUGGAUCUGAGGCAUUUCACUGUUCAGUUGUAUCCGCGGUAUGAUUCAUCUGGUUGUUUGAUGGGGCUUUUAAGGAUCAUGAUGCCUCCCAAGUUCCAGCUUUUGGCUGUUUUGGCAUUUGGAGUGGGGAUGCUCUUUAUUGAGAACCAGAUUCAGAAACUGGAGGAGUCCAGAGCCAGACUCGAACGAACGAUUGCGAGACACGAGGUGGCUGAAGUCGAGCAGCGUCACAACGAAGAUGUUGGGCGAGAUUUGUCACCGCUGGCAGACAAAGAUGACACGGUCAUCAUCUACAACAGAGUACCCAAGACAGCCAGCACAUCCUUCACUAACAUCGCCUACGACCUGUGUGGAAAAAAUCGCUUCCAUGUCCUGCACAUCAAUACUACCAAAAACAAUCCUGUCAUGUCUCUACAAGACCAGGUGCGCUUUGUCAGGAAUGUCACCUCGUGGAGAGAGAUGAAGCCUGGCUUCUACCACGGCCAUGUAGCUUAUCUGGACUUCUCAAAAUACGGGACAAAGAGUAAGCCGAUGUAUAUAAAUGUUGUGCGGGACCCCAUAGAGCGCCUGGUGUCAUACUAUUACUUCUUACGCUUUGGAGACGACUACAGACCGGGUCUUCGGAGAAGGAAACAAGGGGACAAAAAGACCUUUGAUGAGUGUGUGUCAUCAGGGGGGUCUGACUGCGCUCCUGAGAAACUCUGGCUGCAGAUCCCCUUCUUCUGUGGCCACCAUUCAGAGUGCUGGAAUGCAGGCAGUAGAUGGGCCCUGGAACAGGCCAAGUACAACUUGGUGAAUGAGUACCUGUUAGUUGGAGUGACUGAGGAGCUGGAGGACUUCAUCAUGAUCCUGGAGGCAGCACUGCCACGCUUCUUCAAAGGAGCCACAGAGCUCUACAAAACAGGAAAGAAGUCCCAUCUGCGAAAGACCACCGAAAAGAAGUCCCCCACCAAAGAGACAAUAACCAAGCUGCAGCAGUCCGACAUCUGGAAGAUCGAAAAUGAGUUUUACGAGUUUGCACUUGAACAGUUUCAGUUUGUGCGUGCUCAUGCUGUCAGGGAAAAGGAUGGAGAACUUUAUGUCCUGGCUCAGAGCUUCUUCUAUGAAAAGAUCUACCCCAAAGUGAACUAAAAGUGGAGCCAGAGAAGAGUGACAAGGGCUGCACAGGGACUCUAUUAGAAGUCAUUUACACUGGGAGGAAAAGGCACAGAAGUUCUGUUGAAUGCUCAGAUGCUUUUUCUGGGAAUCAAAUUUUGACCCCUACAGCACAGAAAAUCACUUUCAGAUGGUACUGUGGGAUUUCUACAAAGAAUGUGUCUAAUUUUUUUUUUUUUUUUUUUUAUUGCUGGUGCAGCUGUUGAGAAAACUUAACAUGGAUAAACUGUCAUGCUGAACUGUGAGAAAGAAUUCAAGCCCAGAGCAGGGUGAAAUCGUGAAUCUGAUAAAUCUUAAAAUCCAAACACAAGCAGCCUUUCAUUUACAAAGUGAGUUUGGUUUAUUGGUUGAGCAUCACGAUAAAAGCAGCAAACCUCAACUAGUUCAGCAAACUUAAAAGCGUACUAAAAUGUGCUUUUCUAUCCCCUGACGGUUCUGAAAAGGAGUGAGCUCAGAAAGCUGUUCAGCUCCAUGUUAUAUUAUCGGUUUUUGCAAACCUCAUUUUAGAUGAACAAAAUCUUGUUUACAAGUUACAGAAGGUAAAACUGUUAGAAAACAAAAUGAUCAGAGCUGCAUUUGUAUAUAUUGUAUUAACAUGCAGUGAACAUGUUUUUGGACCAAAUGGUAGCAAAGUAACAUAGAAUGGACCAUUGCAUCCUUUGGUGCGUGAUGAGUAAUUUUUUAUUCCACUGAGAUGUUGUCAAUUUCUGACAUGUUUAACACAUUGAUCAGUAUUUUAUCACAGAUAUCUUGUUGUACAUCGUUGAUACAGCUGAAAACUGCUGUUUUAGGCUGUAGAAGGACCACAGCUGCAGUAGGAGAAGAAUACGAAUCAAAAAUGAAUCUAAUGUUUUGAGUACAGGGUUUACCAGAGUUUUGGCUUGGUCACAGGGUCAUUUCAGCAGAGACGGGACCAGAGGUUGAACUGAUAGUGCCUUUCUUACAACGUUUAGGACAUUUUUUUUUUCUGUGUUCAUUUUCCAGUCAUCCCACAAUGAUGUUUUCUUGUUUUUGUGUAUAUUCUUACAAACUGCAGUUCUCAUUUAUCUUCUGUUUCUCACUUCCUUAACAUAAAGACAUAAUUGCAAA